AGACGACGAAGAAGAGGUAGCGCUAAUUAGCUAGCUUGCUAGACGUUCCCGACUGACCUCCGCCCGCUCCUGCCGCAAAAUGGCUUGUAUUCGUUCCCUGGGUGUUCUCUCCAAAUUGACGCUAAGGAGAUACGCCGCCACACCAGGAUCCUCCUUUCGAACCUUCUCAGUGGCCACCCCAAUGCUAGCCCGAACACACGUCAGCUAUGAAGUCAAGGACGACGUUGCUGUGGUUCGAAUCAAUGACCCCAAUUCCAAGGUCAACACACUGUCGGUCCAAAUGCAAAAGGAGCUGACGGAGGUGAUGAACGAGGUGUGGGCCGACAAUGCCGUGCAGAGCGCUGUCCUCAUCUCCUCCAAGCCGGGAUGCUUCAUUGCGGGAGCGGAUAUCAAUAUGAUCCAGAACUGCAGCAACGCCGAGGAGGUCAUGACACUCUCGCAGGAAGGCCAGAAAAUGUUUGAGAGGAUCGAAAAGUCCCCAAAGCCCAUCGUGGCCGCCAUCAAUGGCUCCUGUUUGGGAGGCGGCUUGGAGUUUGCCAUCGCCUGCCAGUACCGGGUCGCGACUAAAAGCAAGAAAACGGUGCUGGGUACGCCAGAAGUCAUGCUGGGCCUUUUGCCGGGAGCCGGAGGCACGCAGAGACUGCCCAAAAUGCUGGGUCUGCCCAGCGCCUUUGACAUGAUGCUGACGGGACGAAACAUUCGAGCAGAUAAAGCCAAAAAGAUGGGACUUGUCGACCAGCUCGUAGACACCCUCGGACCCGGUCUAAAGAGCCCCGAGGAGAGGACCAUUGACUACCUGGAGGAGGUUGCUGUGGAAUGUGCCAAGGGCAUCGUGAGCAAGAAGAUUCCUUUGCGCAAGGAGAAGGGCACGAUGCAGAAGAUCCAAGACUAUGUGACGGGCUUUGAGAUAGUGCGCAAGCAGAUAUACAAGACGGUCCACGGCAAAGUCAUGAAACAGAGCAAGGGGCUUUAUCCUGCCCCCCUCAAGAUCAUUGAAUGUGUAAAAACCGGCGUGGAGCAAGGUCCCGUUGCCGGAUACCUGGCAGAGUCUCAGAACUUUGGGCACCUGGCCAAAACCACAGAGUCUGCGGCCCUCAUUGGACUCUAUCACGGUCAGGUGGCGUGCAAGAAAAACCGCUUUGGGAGCCCUGCAAAGGAGGUCAAAAUACUGGGAAUUUUGGGCGCUGGCCUGAUGGGAGCAGGCAUCGCCCAGGUGAUGGUGGACAAAGGCGUGCACACCAUCCUCAAGGAUACCACAGAAGCCGGGCUGGCACGCGGCGAGCAGCAGGUGUACAAGGGGUUGAACGACAAGACCAAGAAGAGGAGCAUCACGUCCUUUGAGAGGGACUCCAUUUUGUCCAACCUGUCUGGCACGUUGGACUACAGCAGCUUCGCGAAGGCCGACAUGGUGAUCGAGGCCGUGUUUGAAGACCUCAAAGUCAAACAUGCUGUCCUCAAGGAAGUGGAAGCCGUGGUUCCUCCUCACUGCAUCUUUGCCACCAACACAUCGGCUCUACCUAUCAAGGACAUCGCCGCGGCCAGCAAGAGGCCUGACAAGGUCAUCGGCAUGCACUACUUCUCCCCGGUGGACAAGAUGCAGCUCCUAGAGAUCAUCACCACCGAGAAAACCUCCAAGGACACCACGGCGUCGGCAGUGGCUGUGGGGCUCAAGCAGGGCAAAGUCAUCAUCGUGGUCGGGGACGGACCAGGAUUCUACACCACUCGCUGUUUAGCGCCUAUGUUGGCCGAAGCCGUGCGAGUAUUUCAGGAAGGGGCGGACCCCAAGAAGCUGGACGCGCUCACCACCAGCUUCGGCUUCCCUGUGGGCGCUGCCACGCUCAUCGACGAGGUCGGCAUCGACGUGGCUGCCCACGUGGCUGAGGACCUGGGCAAGGCUUUCGGAUCGCGCUUCGGCGGUGGCGACGUGCAAGUCCUGAAGACGCUGGUGGACAUGGGAUUCAAAGGUCGCAAGUCAGGAAAGGGUUGCUACGUGUACCAGCCAGGCCUGAAAUCCAAAGACGUCAAUCCGGAGAUAGGGGAAAUCCUGGAGAAAUACAAGAUCGCUCCCAAUCCUGCUGUUUCGUCCGACUAUGACGUCCAAUACCGACUGGUUUCUCGUUUUGUCAACGAGGCGGUGUUGUGUUUACAAGAAGGCAUCUUGAACAGCCCGCUGGAGGGAGACAUCGGCGCCGUUUUCGGUUUGGGCUUCCCCCCCUGCCUUGGAGGCCCGUUCCGCUUUGUCGACACCUUUGGCGCCGACAAGCUGGUGGAGAAGAUGCGGAGGUAUGAGGCGGUCUACGGGGAUCACUUCACGCCGUGCCAGCUCCUCCUGGAUCACGCCAGCGACGCCACAAAGAAGUUUCACAAAUGAACCGCUCGUUGCCUUUGGCCUGUCGCCGCUUAACACGAAUGCAGUCGACCACAUCAACAAGGUGCCUCAUCACAAGAAUUGGAUGCUUUUCAUUUUUACCAGAUCAACACACACGUAGUCGGUGAUAUAGGUGCAUUAAAAUAUUCCGAAAGAAUAUAAUAAUUCACGCUGGAAUGUACCAGGAUGGCAGGUAGUGUUUGUUUUGUACAUUUAAAGAUGUUAUGGGAUUGUUCAUGUAAAUGUAGGGCCUUAAAUACAUUUUGUUAUUGAAUCAAA